AUGCUAAAGUUCCUGGAAGAGUGCCAUGCUUACAGUGACUACAUGGAGCAAAUGAGGUCCGGCGAUCUCAUCCUCCCUCCGUUUGACCAGACUAUCGUCCAUGAAACGAACGACCUCCGGAUGCACGUCAGCAAGUGCCACACUGUGCCAGUCGCGGUUGACAUGAGCAUCCGCAUGACUCGCGCGCUCGAGGACCAUAUCUUCCUUUAG